CACCACUUACAUCAUCCUCAGCCAAUUGUAUUUCCAACUUCAUACAUCAUCUAUCAUAAGAAACAAAAAACUAACCUAAUUUUCUAUUCCUUGGGGUAUACUUUUAAUAACACAGUGUAGGCCUAAAUGUCAGCGCUCAAAUGAAAAGGUUAGACUCUGACACAUCAUCAGAUCAUUGUCAUGUACAGCUCUGUCAUAAGACAAAUCAAUAGGGGGCAGACAGCUUGAAAACAGCUACAAUUUGCAUGGUUGUGUGGCUUGUAGAAACUGCGUGGUGAGCACUUUGAGAGGUGGUAAUGCACUACUGAGUUUCCUGUCCCAUUUGUUGCACGCUGGUUGUCCUCAUUUCCACCACCGCAUCUCUCUAGCUUGGACGUGAUUACAGCAUCCUGGCAUCAUUUCUCACCUUUCACUACACGUGGGACAGAAGCACUUUUGAGUAUUUGAUCGACCUGCCCUCCAACCACCCCACUCAGACAUAUAUAAAGUCCCACAGGCAGUCAGUCACUCAGUCAUACACAAGCGUUAGUCCAUACUUAAGGUUGAUCAUUACUCAAGCGUUAGUCCAUACUUAAGGUUGAUCAUUACUCAAGCGUUAGUCCAUACUUAAGGUUGAUCAUUACUCAAGGGUACUUCCGGUUAAUCAUUAUGUCUCCUCGGUAUCUGGUCACCACCAUCCUGGUCUGCUGCUUUGCUCUGACUGUGCUCUCUGCCAGGUCGUAUCCACCUCGUCCUAAGAGGGCGGCCUGCUGUGUGAAGUUCACUAAGCGGCCGAUCAGUGUCAACAUAAUCAAAGGUGUCACCAUCCAGGACUCUCGUGGGCCAUGCCGCCUCAGUGCUGUGAUAUUUCACACCACCACCACCACGGAUGUUUGUGCUACUAUACGGCACAAAUGGGUGAAAAAGGUUCUUGAGCAACUUAGUGAUAAAUUCAAGGCACUCUCUAAAACCCUGGAGAAACACAACCUUCUGAAGAAAAAGCACCCUGCUGUGGUGAUGCCUACUAACGGCACCGGCACCACACUGGUGGAUGUAGAAGGCUCUACAGAGCCAUUCGGUGCCUUACAAUAGCCGAAGAUUAUUUCCCCUCAUAAAGCUUUAAGAACCGCUUUUAAAUCUGGAACAGUCUGUUGUAUUUUAGUCUUAAGUGUUAACUUACUAAAUUAUAGUUAGAGACAAGUUAUUAAAGCUAUCUUUCUUGCACACAAUUUUUCUGCUAAUUACAAACUGCUGAUUACAUGUCUUAUGGUAAUAACGCAAAGCUAAAUGACAACUGACACCACUGGGCUGAUAUUCUUAAAUGUACAAUAAGAGUAAAACUUAUCUGUGUAAUAUGGCAAAAUUAGUUUUUUUAGUCACAA